UAAUGUUUCUUCAAGUCACACCUAAAAUUCCUUUUAUUCUCUUUCUCCUAAAGGUCGUCGAAGCUAUUGGCCGUGAAAAUGUAAAACUAAAUGAAAAACAAUUGGAAGAAUUGAUUAUUCUCCUGGAAAAGGAAGAAAUCAUAGAAGCCGAAGAGAAAAUUGAAAAGGCUAUUGCCAAAAGUAUAAAAGAAGCUGAAGAAGCUAAAAAAGUAGCAGAACAAAUGCAAGUAAAUGAGAGCAGUAGCAAACAACAGAAAGUAACGAGUACCAUCUACACAGAAGAUCUUAAAGAUUGUGCUAAGGUCAUUAAAGAAAAUGCACUCAAUCUAGAUGAAAUCGAUAAGAAAAAUGUGCUUAAAACAGAGCCUGCGGCCAACACCAAACAGGAAAGUGUACUCUUAGAGGCAGCUGAGAAACAAAAGGAUAAAAUUUUACCUAAAACGGAUAUUAUGCCACCCACAACACCACCACCCAGCACAUUACCACCCAACACCAAAACAAAUCAAGUCAAUACUAAAGAUAAAAUGAUAUGACUUGAUAAAGCCGAUGUUUCCCCUUCUACUACUUCUACUAAGCUUAAGAAUAAACCUAAUGAAUAAAUCCUUUUGUUUGAUAUAAUGACAAUAAUUGAAAUUUCCUAAUAGUUUUGCAAAAUAAAUUGUCUGUAAACAAGAUUUAUGCUAACAUUUUUAUAUGUGAUCUUCUAUAAAAGAUCUUUGGCGUUUCGGCGAUUUAUUAAAAACUAAAACAAACCGCGUGUUAUACAUUACUUCAACAGUUGGCUUUUAAACUGUUUUCUUUUUGUCAUGUCAUUGUGUUAAGUUUAUAUAUAUAUAUUUUUUCUAGUAAUUUCCUUUUUUAUUUUUUUAUAAUAAAUAAAAAAAAACAUCUUAAUUGUACCUUUACAAAUAAUUUUAUAUAAAAACGAAAAGAUUAAUAUUUCGUUUCUAAAGAUAAAUUCUAAUAAAUCAAUUUUAAAAAUGAUUUUGAAAA